GUUUAAUAAAAUUAACUAAUUAGGCUGAAUUAAAUUGAAGAUAAGAAAUUAAAAAUAAAAAUUAGAAAUCAACUUACUAGUGAAUUAGCAAUUGCGUCGAAGCGAUUGCGAAGAGGCGAAGAGCAGUGACCACGGAGACGGAGCAGGAAAGCAUCAAGCAGGCAAGCAGCAGAGGCAGAGCAGGCGACUGGAGGGUGGCUGGGUGGAGGCAGUCUGGUGAAGAUGAAGCGAAGAGGAAGUCAAGAGGCGAAGAGGGAAGAGCAGCUGAGGAGGCAGUGGGCUAGGGCUUGAGGAAGUGGGAAGUUAGAUUUUUUUUUUAUUUUUUUUUUUAAAAAAAAAAAAACUUAAAAUUUUUUUUGGGCCCUGGUGAGUCAUUUGACCCACCAGGCACAAGGCCCAGUCCGCCACUGGUAAGGCGUGGAGGAAUUUGGUUGUUUUGGAAAAACACGGUUGAUCUUCCCUCUUACUCUUAUGAUCCUCAUCGUUUUCAUGCCUUGUUUCAUUUUAAAAAUGGAGCUCCUGAGGCCCUUAUCACCGGGAUGCAUGCUCCAAGCAAUCCCUCUGAUCGUCAUAAUUAUUGGAACGAAAUGGCUGAGGAUGUUCUUCCCUAUUCUACCCCAUGGUUGAUGCUCGGAAAUUUAAAUGAGGUUACUUCUCAAUCGGAGAAGUCUGGUGGUCGUAGCUUUCGUCCCUCUCAAUGCCAUGAUUUGAACAAUUUCAUGGAUAAAGCGAGUAUGAUCGACCUUGGCUUUAAUGGCAAUCCUUUUAUUUGGAAUAAUGCUAGGGAUAUCAUUGAUCACAUUUGUGAGAGACUUGAUCGAGCUCUUGGUAGUGCAAAGUGGUUGGAGUCCUUCCCCAACACUAAGGGGAAAGGAAAAAUGGAUGCUAAGGAUCGGUCAAUCUCUAACUGGAUUCCCCCAAGAGAAGGUUUCAUGAAAUUAAACACUGACGAGGCUUGGAAACAUUCAACUUGCUUCUGGUGGUGGGGUUAUUCGUAGGAGCAAUGGUCAUUGGUUCUUUGGAUUUUCUAGUAAGUAUAAUGCUGUCUCUUCUCUGGCAGCUGAGUUAUUUGCUAUGCGUGAAGGUCUCAACAUUGCUAUUGAAUUCAGAGUUAAGAAAAUUGAAUUGGAAACUGAUUCUGAGUACCUUGGAAAGCUUUUCAACUAUGUGGAUCAUGUUCCACAUAAUGAAUUAUAUGCUUUGAUCAAUGAUGUAGCAGAAAUCUUGAGGACUAAUGGUAACAUUGUUAUUCGCCAUGUUCCAAGAGAAAGAAAUACUUUGGCUCAUAGCCUUGCUGCCUAUGGCUUGGAGAUCAGAUGAACCUUGGCCACAAAGAUCAUUUCCUGGUUCCUCCAUUUGCAAAGCACAUCUAUGAUGGAGCCUCUUCUUCAUUAGGGUAGUUGUUUUUCCAGUUGGUUCUCGUCGGUGUGGAUGUCUCCUUUUGGUGUUGAUGAUGUUGAAGUUAGUGUUGUUCAUAAUCUACUAGAACUAGUUUGCUUUACUUUGUUUAUUUCUAAGUGUAUGUUUGUAUUAUAAUUAUCUCUCUAGUUCCUAUCCUUAUGAUAGUGAUACUAAUCGGAUUUGUACUAGGUGUCAGAAUCAAUACUCCUAUCCCAGCUUAAUGUUUUGGACUUGUGAAGUCUGGGCUAAUAGGAUAUUGGCUUUUGCUGUAAAAUACUUUAAGGCUUUUAUAAGAUCUUCGU